UUGUUGCUGUCACGAUCGCAGUCGAUGUUUUCCACGGUAUGUGUUCAACAACCCUGAGCCUUGUGCCUUCCUGUUAUACAUUGCGAUGCUUUGAAAAGGUCGCCAAAAAGUCGCCAACUGACAUAUCGCCAACUUCGGGUUUACUUCUUUUACUUUUAACUUAUUAUGUGUCUAACAAAUGUAGUUGCCGAAAGUUCGCCGUAGCCGCUGCCCUAAGCGAUCCUAUACGAAGCAUCCCAACAUCCAGUCCUAUUAGGACUAACGGUAGCGACAGCCUUGUGUUAAGUGGCGAGAGUAACUUGAUACUUGUCUCUACAGAGGUCUUGUCAAACGAACCCCAGGUUACUUUUCAUCCGCCAAGACCCGGAAAAAGACAACACCGUCUCCUCCAUCCCCGCCCCAUCCCACUGCCUGUCCAGUUCCUAGCUACCUCGACCACCUAGCCGCUCCGAACGCUCAGCAGCCUAGCAUGCUUCCCUAACCCGGAAGCAGUAGGCGCCGCAUGCAGCGCCGCAACGCACGAGGAAGCUUGCGGCGGCCCACACACCUCUCCCCUCUCACACCCAUCCGCAGUAGCACCCUCCUCGCCCGCGUCCCCUUCCGCCUUCUGCUCCUGCUCCCCGCCCUCCUCCUCAGCCUCAGCCUUUCGCUGCAGCCCGCAUCCGCUCAGAAUGCAGUCGCCCAGCUCGCGCGCUCGCACUUCGCGCCGUACGGCAUGCGGCUGCCCUCCCGCCAGUUCACGGCAGCCCUCCGCGCCGCCGCCCUGGACACCACCGCCCUGAGCUGCCCUGGUGCCCGCUCUCACAGCAGCAGCAGCAGCAGCAGCAGCACUGGAAGCAGCAACAGCCGCAGCAGCAGCCGCAGCCUGGUGCUCCUAGCCAUGGCCAAUGAGGAGGCCAUGACACACACCGUGCCUCCCUUCCUGCUCAGCAUGCGCCGUGUACGGCUGUCGUACCCGUACCCGCAGCAGCAACGCCCUGGUGCUGCUGUGGCUGCUGCUGCUGAGGCCGGGGUCGGGCGCCAGCAGACGGAGGAGGAGGAGGGGAGUGGGGUCGGGUUGGACGGCGCAUUGGUGCUGGUGGGCUGGUCCGCGGGGGCGGUGGCAGCCUGCCGGGCGCUGCAGGCGGAGUUCCGGCACCAGUGCGUGCGGGACGCGGAGCAUGCGGCAGCGGCGGCGCUGGGGGGGUCGUUUGGCUUCCAUGACUCGGGGUUCAACUCGCUGGGCUUCGCCAAGAUCAAGUACAUCCUGAACGGCCUCUCCGCCGGCCACGACGUGGUGUUCCUGGACACCGACCUGCUGCUGCUGCGCGACCCGCUGCCGUACUUGCUGGGGCAGGGCGGCGACAUGUACGGCGCCAUGGAGAAGUGCAUGGUGGUGAACGCUAGCCUGCACCUGCACGCGCGGGAGUACGUGGCGGGGGGGCGCAAGGCGCCGCCGCUCAACAUCGGCGUGCUGUACUUUAAGGCGACUGCGGGAGUGACACGCUGUGUGUAUAACUGGGCGCGGGAGAUGCAGUCGGAGGUGCAGCAGCGACCGCGGGUGUGGGACCAGGACAUCUACGGCAAGGUCAUGGGCCGCUGUACGGCAAUCCAGGGGCUGCGCUGGCACUUGCUGGACCCACGGGUCUUUCAGUCCGGCUGCUUUCCCGGGUGCGGCUGCAGCUUCAGGGACGAGGAGGUGACGCCGGCGCGGCUGGGCGCGUUCAGCCGGGGCCACCGCCUGCUGCCCGGGGGCCUGUGCGGGCCGCAGCACUGGGGCAGCUGGCUUCUGAGGCACUUCCCCUGCUCGGGACUGACACGGGAGAAGGGGGAGCUCAUGCGGGGACUGCUGGAUGGGUACUACAGCAACCAUACGGCCAGGAUUACGAAGCCAAGUCGGGCUAAGAUUGGGCGGUUAUAGCGGAUUCAGGGGUGAAGCGUACUGGGCCAUGCCAGCGUUUGUGCUUGUUGGCAUGUCUGGUUAGCGAGCAAGCGGCGUGCGGCAACUAUGGUUGACGGGGGGAAUUCACGGGCGACGAUCGAGCAGGGUCAGCAUGAAAUUCAUGGCAGCAGUUCGAGGCCAGUGCUGUGGAGCGAGUGAUUAAUGUAGUGGGCUGGUGGGUGGUACCGGCAGUUACGUACGGUGGGCGCUAGGGGGUUGACAUUUGUAUGUUUAGCCGCAGCCAUUCCAUCAAACCACUUCAUCCAUGUUACACUAGCGCAGUCGUUAUCCGGAUAUGGGGAGGGCUACGCACGAGGGCAAAAGUUGAGAUGCAUGCGAGGGACAUACAGACAGUGCGCCAGCUAACAGUGUCCACGGCACUGCCCUCCCACCCCUACAUGGCCGCAUUCCUCUUCUCCAAACCCACUAUUCAAGCCGAGGGCGCAAUCUAGGUCCGAUUCCGCGCAAGGGUCGCACGCAGCAUAUCAUGUAUACGGAGCUAAAAGCCCCAACUCAACAGCCACAGGCACACAC